AUGGACGAUAGCGAUGCUACAACAAGCCCGGGGGAUACUAUCGAUGUUCUAGAUGAGAGCCAUCGCAAUGUAUUUUGCAGAGCACUCUCAAAUCUGUUGUCGAUUGAUAUCGCAGAGCAAACAUAUGCUCAGAUCCUCGAUGGGCUACCAACCGAAGACUCACUCUUAGAUGGCGCCCCGUAUGUUGAAGGCCAUCCGGUCUACGAAUUAUGCCAUACUCAGAUCUGUGAUGGAUAUCUGGACAAGGCUCGUAUGAUACGAGCCGCCUAUAAUCCAGCCGACCUAAACUUCGAUGCAUUCCUUCUCAAGUCCUUUCAAAAAACCUCCAUGCACUCUCAGGAGUUUAAACUCCGUCUAGUCGAGCUCGUUGUCGUUGCUUGCCAUCAGAUAGCUGUGCACCUCUUUAACCUUGACGAGGGUGCACACAAACACCAGCUAUACCAGGACUGGGCACAGGACCGGCGUAUGGAGCAAGUUUUGGCAUCGGAAGUCAGAGACGUUAUUCCACCUUGUGCGUUCUUCCAUACAUCAUACUACUAUUUGGACCAAUAUCCCCAAGGACUUGCAGAUGUCGUUGGAUACUGGGCAGAAGGACAGAUUUUCGGGGGCGUUGUCGUCUUUGACCGCGGAGAGACCGAGUCAGAGUGCAAAUCUAUGUGGAUACAUGGAGCCCGAUUGAGAGGCCCAAGGACUCUUUAUCCGCCCACACCAGAUCAGUUCGACUCUCUCAUCAACUUUUUACUAUCUGAUCCAAAAGAAGGGGCUACCUGCCCUUUGCCAAUCCAUGGGACCAACGAGAAUCGCCCCCGGUGGCAUCCGUAUGAUGCACUCGCAAAGUAUCACAUCUUCCGCGACAAGUACGAACGCAAACUUCCCAUGGAACCUCCAAGGCAAGGAUGCACGCUCGUCAAUGCCGACUGGCCGGAAUUGGGCGAUGAGUACAUAGUCCGUAACACGGAGUAUAUACGGAGAGAAGGAGGAAUAGUUACUGACGAGGAGAUUGCAGCUGCAUCGGCGCGCCUGAAAGAGGUGACCCCCUCGUCCCCUUGCUGGCAUCCAAGUCUUGAGAAGCAUAAAUGA